AUGUUAGCCGAUUUUGAAAUCUUUGACAUUGUCGAUGCUUUGGAAAAGGCUGAAGGAAAGAAUACCAACUUUUACAGCUGGUUGGGCGUACCUGCUACUGCUUCUCAAGCUGACAUUAGUAAGGCAUAUCGUAAGCUUUCUUUAAAGUGGCAUCCUGACAAGAACCAAGGUGAUCCCAAGGCAAAAGAGAGAUUUACGCGUUUAGGUGUUAUUGUCACCAUUUUACGUGAUCCCACCAGCCGUGAACGUUACAACUUCUUCUACAAGAACGGUGUACCUCGCUGGCGUGGUACUGGCUAUCUCUACAGCCGUUUCAGACCUGGAUUGGGUACAGUGAUUGUAGUGCUUACACUCAUUGCCGCAGGUAUGCAAUACAUCGCUGGUCAGAUCAAUUAUCGUCAAGAAAAGAAGAAGAUUUUGGAAUUUAUCGCUAAUGCUAGAACUCAAAUGAUUCAGGAUGCACCCAAGGGACGCGCACCUACCAUGGGUCGUAGCUAUAUCGAAGUGGGUCAAAGACACAUGCGUUGCGAAGUUAAGAGCGACACUGCAAUUGUUGUUUACCCUGAUGAACGCUCUGGAGAACCUAUCCACUUGGAUGCUGAAUGGGUCACUGAACCUACUUUUGACAGUCUCUUUAUUGUUGCUUGGCCCAAGCGCUUGUUCAACAAGAUCACAGGAAAGAAGGAGCCUAUUGUUGAAGAGGACGAAGAAGUUGAAGAGGAGCAAAACGAAAAGGUGGAUUCUGCUGUCGAAUCACCUAAAGCUCCUGCAAAAAAGGCUCUUCGUAAGAGAGCUACAGGUGAAAAGGUGAAUGUUGUUGGUGCCAAGGUUGGAGGCCGUAGAAGACCUACCAAAGUCUAA